AUGGCGACGAGACGCAAGACAAGCUCUAUCUGGAACCAUUUCACUUUAAAAGAUGGCAAAGCACAAUGCAACUAUUGCUCGGAAUUUUUAUCAACAUGUGCUUCAAAUACCGGGAAUUUAGCGAGACAUCUAAGAAGAAAACAUCCCGCGGUAGCAUUUUGUCUGGGCAUAAAGCGUGAGUCCGGAUUAUUCAACAAAACGUCCUCAGAAGCCUCGACAUCGAAAACAGAGCAUGAUCAUACAAUGGAACAUAUAGAUAAUUAUGAUUACAUGCAAAAUACAGAUCCUCUGUUUAUGCACGAAGCGUCUGAAAUAGAUGCACAAUUAGUCAAAAUGAUUGCAAGGGAUGUCCAUUCAUUGAGUAUAAUCGAGGGACCUGAAUUUAGAAAACUGUUGAUGCUGUUAAAUCCUGGUUAUAACGUACCGACUCGAGAAACUUUGACGCAAACUUUGUUGCCACAAAUUUAUGAACAGACUUUGAAUAGUGUGGGCAACGAAAUAUCAAAUGCGACCUCAGUAUGCAUCUCAAUUGAAUCAUGGACAUCGUUCAAAGGUGAAUUCUAUAUGGUAUUAACAGCACAUUACAUAGAUAAAGAUCAUAAUCGGUGUGCCAAGUUAUUAAGCAGCUUGCGGUAUACCGGAUUAGAAAUAAACGCUUUAUUAAAAAAUGAAUUAAACAAGUGGGACGUAUUGGAAAAAAUAGAGGCUGUAGUGAGUGAUAUCAGCCCAGCCAUCCAUAAAGCACUUACUAUCGAAGGAUGGUCUAAAAUAACUUGCUUUGCGAAUAUCCUAAAUAACGUCUUACUUAAUGGAAUUCGUGAACUCCAUGCAGCAGUUAUCAAAAUGAAACAAGUUGCAGAAAAUCAUGAAGAAAGCCUGCUAUCGCCAGAGUUGAUAGAAGAUAUGACGUACAGAUGGAAUUCGUUAUAUGAUAUUCUGAAUUGUAUCAUUGCAAGUAAAGACCAUCUCUCAGAAGAAGAUUGGGAGAUAGCAGAGCACAGCCUGCAAAUUCUCAAACCAUUCUAUGAAGUCACUAUGGAAAUAUCUGCUGAUAAAUAUGUGUCAUUAUCCAAAAUUAUCGUGUACUGUCGCCUUUUAUGCCAACACUUGGAUAUACAUAAACGCAAAGAAACAGUACCAAUUGUUAAAAAACUGAUAAAAGAACUAAGAGACUCCAUGCAUCGAACCUUUUACAUCAAUCAUGAUGUGGAAUCUAAUCAACUGUACGCUGAAGCUACAAUCCUGGAUCCAAGAUUCAAGAAAAACGGUUUCAGCGAUCAAACAAAAUACUACAAAGCAUUUGCAAACCUAAGACAAACCUUCCAAGAAAACUGUGCACCGAUUCAAAAAACCCAGGACUUAUUCCCAGGAUCCAUAUGGGAGCAGUACAUCAUCGAAAACUCUGUCCCUGAAUAUGAUGGUUCAGGUGCUGUUGAAUUAGAGAGAUACAUCGAAGAACCAAUUGUAAGUCUUCAUGAAGACCCACUGAUGUGGUGGUCUUCACGAAAACUGGUUUAUCCACAUUUAUAUGAAGUUGUGUUAAAAAGAUUAAAUAUUCCUGGAAAUGCUAUACCUGGUGAGAGAAUUUUUACAAAAGCUGGAAGUGAACUGAAUGAACGAAGGGCAAGUUUGGGGUCGAAAUAUUUGGCUGAACUGCAGUUUAUUGCUAGCAACGCAGAUUGA